AUGAUGCAACCUCAGCAACAGCAGAUGCAGCCCCCAGUGCUGCGUAUUAUCAUGGUCGGCUCAGGGGGUGUUGGCAAAAGUGCUCUCACAUUGCAGUUCAUGUAUGACGAGUUCAUUGAAGACUAUGAGCCCACGAAAGCCGACUCUUACCGUAAAAAGAUUAUCCUCGACGGACAGGAGGUCCAAAUAGAUAUACUUGACACUGCAGGCCAAGAAGAUUACAUUAGUAUCCGUGAAAAUUACUUCCGAAGCGGCGAGGGUUUCUUGCUUGUCUACGCAGUUGAUGAUAUGGAAGGUCUGAGAGCGUUACCUGAUUUCCGUGAUCAAGUUUAUCGCGCGAAAAAAACUGACAAAGUGCCUAUGGUGCUUGUGGCGAACAAAAUUGAUCUAAAGGACACUUCCUCCGCUUGUUACACCGAUGCCGGGGCCGAUUUCGCGCGACAGCAUGGCAUACCUCACAUUGAAACAUCCGCCAAGACACGUGCAAAUGUGGAUUUGGUAUUCGAGACAGUCGCCCGAGAGAUUUGCAAACGCCAGCUGGCUAAUGUGCAACGACCGAAGGCCGAUUCACACAAAAAGCAACGGAGACGAUGUACCCUUUUGUGAGCAUCCAGCCGAUUCCGACGACAACCGUCUGCCGUCUUCUCCAGAUCCGAACGUUGGUUUAAUUCUAUGUCUGAUCGCUGCAAUCGUCC